GCGUUUUUUUCAUCUCGAGCAUAUUCGGAGAGCAUUUGAUUUUCGUUUGUGAAUUCUGAUCAUGUCAUCGACCGGAGAAGGAGACGUGGAAGUUCCGGUGGCGGAUGUGCCUCCGGCGGAGGCUCCGGCUGCAGAGAAGCCGGCGGAGGCGGAGAAGCCGGUUAAGGAGAGGAAGCCUAGGACUCCGAGGGAGAAGAAGCCUAGGCAGCCGAAAGCCGCUUCACAUCCGCCGUAUUUUCAGAUGAUCAAGGAAGCAAUCUCGUCUCUCAACGAGAAGAAUGGCUCGAGUCCGUACGCCAUAGCCAAAUACAUGGAGGAAAAACACAAGGCGGUUCUCCCGGCGAAUUUCAGGAAAAUCUUGGCUCUUCAAUUGAAGAAUUCUACUGCCAGAGGAAAAUUAGCGAAGAUCAAGGCCUCGUAUAAGCUAUCCGAAGCAGGGAAGAAAGACAAGAACGCAUCAAAGGUCGUGAAAGCGAAGGCAGAGAAGAAACCUAGACCAGCAAGAAGCACGAGAACGAGGAGGGCCGCCAAGAAGGAGGAGGCGGCGGCGGCGAAGAAGGUGGUUGCGAAGAAACCGAAGAAAUCUACUCCGGCGAAGCCUAAACAGCCAAAAUCGAUAAGGUCCCCUGCCGCAAAGAGGGCCAAGAAAUCCGCGGCAUGAACGUAGAAAUGGAUCAGAAGCUGUGUUUGAUCUGUGUUUGU